AUGGAACGACCCUCAGCCGCGGAGAAGAUCGUCGUGUUCGCGGACGCGAGACCGGAGGUCUCGGGAGAGUACGUCGCGAAGCCGCGCGAGGAGAUCCCCGCCGCAUUUGCCGCCGUGUGCGUGGAUAACGGAUGGGACGUGGACGUUACCUGGAAAAAGCUGAACGGCGGCGAGGACGGCGCGUGGUUUAAAAAGACGACGGACGACGCGUAUUUGUACUUCAACGCGCUCGACGGCGAGUGGUGGAUCGACGGACCGGACGGCCUCGGCGUGUACAAAGGCCCUUCGGGGUCGCCGCGCGCGCCGAUGGGGAUGUCCAUCGCGUGGCGCGCGAUCGACGGCGGGACGCACGCGCCGACGCUCGCGAUAUAUCGUCGCGCGUCGUGA